UUUGGUGGCGGGGGCCCGGUCUGAGGUAGCGGACCGAGCGAGUGGAGGCACUGCGCCGCUACUGCAGGCUCUGCCCCAGCGCCCGAUGGCUGCGACCCCGUAGGAGCGGGGAGUUUGAGUGCUUUUUCUCCCACGACACCGCCCUCAUGGAGGAACCGAGCGGUCUCUACCUGACAUCCACCCGCCUGCUGAGCCUCACCCAGCGCUCCGUCUCAGAAGACCUAGGUUGCCGACGAGGGGAAUUCAGUAGAAAACAUUAUGGAUCUGUGGAGCUGCUUAUUUCCAGUGAUGCUGAUGGAGCUAUACAAAGAGCUGGAAGAUUCCGGGUAGAAAAUGGCUCUUCAGAUGAGAAUACUCCUGACUUGCCAGGUAUCUGGCGUAGAACAGAUGUGCACCUGGAAAACCCAGAGUAUCAUACCAGAUGGUAUUUCAAGUAUUUCUUAGGACAAGUUCAUCAGAACUAUGUUGGCACUGAUAUAGAGAAGAGCCCUUUCUUCCUAUCUGUAGCACUUUCUGACCAGAACAAUCAACGUGUUCCUCAAUACCGGGCAAUUCUCUGGCGAAAAACAGGUACCCAGAAAAUAUGCCUCCCCUACAGUCCCACAAAGACACUCUCAGUGAAGUCUAUUUUAAGUGCCAUGAAUCUGGAAAAGUUUGAAAAAGGCCCCAGGGAAAUUUUUCAUCCUGAGAUACAGAAGGACUUACUGGUUCUUGAGGAACAAGAGGGCUGUGUAAAUUUCAAGUUUGGGAUUCUUUAUGCCAAAGAUGGGCAACUCACUGAUGAUGAAAUGUUCAGUAAUGAAAACGGCAGUGAAGCUUUUCAAAAAUUAGUGAAUCUUUUGGGUGACACAAUUACACUGAAAGGCUGGACAGGGUAUCGAGGAGGUCUGGAUACCAAAAAUGACACUACAGGACUACAGUCUGUGUAUACUGUGUACCAAGGACAUGAGAUUAUGUUUCAUGUUUCUACCAUGUUACCAUACUCUAAAGAGAACAAACAGCAAGUUGAAAGAAAGCGCCAUAUUGGAAAUGAUAUUGUCACCAUCGUGUUCCAAGAAGGAGAAGAAUCUUCUCCAGCAUUCAAGCCUUCUAUGAUCCGCUCUCAUUUUACACAUAUUUUUGCCUUAGUGAGGUAUAAUCAACAAAAUGACAACUUCAGGCUGAAAAUAUUUUCAGAAGAAAGUGUGCCCCUUUUUGGCCCGCCCUUGCCAUCCCCACCUGUGUUUACAGAUCACCAGGAAUUCAGGGACUUUUUGCUAGUGAAAUUAAUUAAUGGUGAAAAGGCUACCUUGGAAACUCCAACAUUUGCCCAGAAACGACAGCGAACUCUGGAUAUGUUGAUCCGAUCUUUAUAUCAGGAUCUGAUGCCAGAUCUGCAUAAGAACAUGCUUAAUAGACGAUCUUUUAGUGAUGUCUUACCAGAGUCACCCAAGUCAGCUCGGAAGAAAGAAGAAGCCCGUCAGGCAGAGUUUGUUAGAAUUGGACAGGCACUGAAACUGAAAACCAUUGUGAGAGGGGAUGCUCCAACUAGCUUGGCAACUUCAAGUCUCUGUAAAAAAGAGCCGUGGGAGUCCCAGUGUUUCUGCAGUAAUUUUCCUCACGAAGCUGUAUGCGCAGAUUCCUGGGGCCAGGCCUUGCUGGUCUCUACAGAUGCUGGCGUCUUGCUAGUAGAUGAUGGCCAACCAACAGUACCAGUAUUUGACAAAACUCUGCAAGUGAAGCAGAUACAUGUACUGGAAUCCUUGGACCUACUAAUUACUAGAGCAGACAAAGGGAAAGAUGCUCGCCUCUUUGUCUUCAGGCUAAGCACUGUGAGGAAAGAUGUGGAGGGAAAGCAGAUAGUGAAGAGCAAGUAUGACUGUAGAGAAAACAAACUUGAAAAAACAAAAGGUUGCCAUUUGUAUGCCAUUAAUACGCAUCACAGCUGUGAAUUGAGGAUUAUUGUUGCAAUUCGCAACAAGCUGCUUCUUAUCACAAGGAAACACAAUAAGCAAAGUGGUUUAACCAGCCUUUCAUUGCUAUCUUCAUUGUCAGAAUCACCUGUUGAAGAAUUCCAGUAUAUCAGGGAGAUCUGUUUGUCUGACCCCCCUGUGGUGAUGACCCUGGUGGAUGGGCCAACUGAAGAGAAUGACAAUCUGAUUUGUGUGGCAUAUCGGCAUCAGUUUGAUUUGGUGAAUGAGAGCACGGGGGAAUCUUUCAGAUUGCACCAUGUGGAUGCUAACAGGGUUAAUUUUGUUGCAGCUAUUGAUGUAUAUGAAGAUGGGGAAGCUGGCCUGCUGCUGUGUUACAACUAUAGUUGCAAUUAUAAAAAGGUGUGUCCUUUUAAUGGUGGCUCUCCUUUGAUCCAACCCUCAGCCUCAGAUUUUCACUUUAGUUGGAACCAGGUUCCUUAUGCUGUUGUGUGUGCUUUUCCAUAUAUUUUGGCCUUUACUACUGAUUCCAUUGAGAUCCGCUUAGUGGUGAAUGGAAACUUAGUGCAUACAGCUGUUGUGCCUCAACUUCAGCUCGUGGCUUCAAGGUCAGACAUAUACUUCAAAGCCGCCGCAGCUGUAAACGGUGCGUCCAGCAGCAGCUCUAAGGAUGCCAGUGCCCACAGCUCUCCGCAGACACCCACAGGCCGUGAGACUCCAGUGUUUCCUUCUUCCCAGGGGGAAGGUGACAUUCCCUGUAAAAACCUAUACAAGAUUCCUCUAAGAAACCUUGUUGGCAGAAGCAUUGAACGACCUCUCAAGUCACCCUUAGUACCCAAGGUCAUCACCACCCCAACAUCAGUGGGGAUUGGCAUAGCAGCCAUUCCUGUCACUCACUCCUUAUCCCUGUCUCGGAUGGAAAUUAAAGAAAUAGCAAGUAGGACACGAAGAGAACUACUGGGCCUAUCUGAUGAAGUAGGACCCAGGUCUGAAGGAGCACCAAAGCAGAAGACAGCAUCCCGAAAGCAGCUAGAAGGGGAGCCCAAGCAGGGGGCAGUGAGAUCAACAAGCAGUGACAGGAUCCUAUCAGGCUCAUUUGAAAGACCUGUUUUUGAAGACAACUCUGAUGGGCGUCUCCUUUCUACAAGUUCAGAUCCUGAUACCUUGGCUACCAGAGAGGAGAGUCCACCCUCUGGAAGCCCAUUUCAGCUCACAGCUUCCUUUGAUGAAGAUAUUAUUGACUUGAAGUAAAGACAAUCUUAAUCAUAUUUGCCAUCUUUAUUUUUCUUACAGCAGUUUAUACUCUCUAGGAAAGUUUUGACACCACUUCCUGAGGAAAAUCGGUCACUGAUCUAUUGGACCAACUGUUCUGCAUAUUAGGCCAGUUUGGGUAAAUCUUCAACAUUUGGUGCCAUCUUGAUCCUUGCUUUCCCUGUUCAAGUACCAUCAGCCCCUCUUGGAAUAAAAGUGGUAGAUUUCAUUGAGGUUUUAGAUUGAAACUUUUAAUAAAAUAAAAGUAUUCAUUCUUCUUUACCUCAAACCUCUUAUAUUUGAAAUAAUUAGAUAAACAAUUAUUUUUCAUUACAAUUCUAAUUUAUUUCACAUUAUAAGUAUUUUGUAGAAAUGUUUUGUAAAAAAGUCAUUUGAUUUUAUUACAAAUAAGGAUUUUCUUUAGCUUUGCUUUCUAUAACCAAGAAAUCCUACUCCUAUUGAUAACUCAGUUUCACUUAAAUAUAAAGAAGUGAUGAGGUUACACAAAGUUAUGACCAGUUGUUUUCUUAUUCUGCCAGUUCUGUAUCCACUCUUUAGAGGGAAGCUGAUUGGUUAAAUUUCAGAGGUAACUUUCCUGAUAUGCAGAAGAAUGAGAAUUAUUGAAAGCAAGAGACACUAUGAUUUCCUUUCUUUAGUGUCCUUGUCUUUUAUGUUGAUUUAUUUUUAUUUUUGAAUCAGAAUGUCAAGAAAAAAUGUCUCUUGAAAUAUUGUGCAUAUUUCUUGUCUUUUCACUAACUACCAUCCAAUGGGUAGACCUCCCACAUAUGCAUGCAAAGAUGUAUACUGUUGUCAUUCCUCCCUAGCUUAACAUAAGAGGUUAAAAAACAAUUUGGGGCUGGGUUAGUAGAACAAAUUUCAUGGCAAAAUUUCAGCCUUUUAUCUUAGAAGACUACAUUAUAAUGUAGAGGUGGAUACCUGAUCUUUUUGGUUAUAAAAGUUUGAUGAUCCCUUUCUCACCCUCCCACCACCCAGUGCUCUCUCCCUUUAGUUCUUUAAUUCUGUUGGCAGAUUUCUUUCAUUUUCCACCAAGCACAGUCUUAUAAUCCUUUAAUUUCAGUACAUCUAGUUACUUUCCUUUUUUGUAUGUAUAGACCUUUGCUAUCCACCUAAGUGAAAGUGAUACAAUAUAUAUACCACAUUAAAUCUAGCUCUAAAAGGUGAUUUCCUACUUUAUAUAUUGAUUCAAUGAAAUAUAGCAGGUCAGUGAUUUUAGAGUUUUUAUAGUUCAGGCUAUGAUAGGGCUAUUUUUUUUAGCCCACUAACCUAUGAGAUACAGCCUUAAUAUAAAAAUAGAAAGGAAACAUGCAACAUCAGUACUAUCUCCCUUGCUUGCAUAUUAUGGAUUACUUGGAAAAAUCCUUACCUCUGCAUGAUGAGCUCAGUAUUAAACCCCAGAAGAAAGGCCAGACUUUUUUUUGGCAUAAGAUGCAUGAUGGUUGAAAAGAAUAAUUUCAAAGGCAAGACCAAGCAGAAGAGUCCUUUUACUUAGGCAUCAAUUCAGCCUAAAAGCCAAAAUUAGGAACUGAUCCAUUAGCUUUUGGAUCAUUUAUGCUCCAGAGGUAUUGCAUUAUUUUCUCCCAAUUGCUAUUUUAUGUCCUAGGUUUUUUUAAAAAUAUUUUCUCAGCAUAAGCUUAUUUUUAUCUUCUUCAUCUUGUUAUUUUUCCUACUUUGGCUUCUCCUCAUCCUGAUAUAUAAGAAUAAGAAAUUGCUAACGGUUGUUUCCAUGGAGGGAUCAAAAGCAUCAGUUGAGCCAGAAUAUUUGAGGAGUCACAAAUUCAAAGGAGCAUUUAAAAAUCUGAGAGAUGUACACAAGAGGGAGGGAAGUUGAAUGUAAUGCAGAGGAAAAAAACCAGAAGGAGGCCACCAUACACGUGACAAGCUGUUUUCAUCCCUAGCCUUUUUCACACAAUGAAGAUAACAGACACAAGAACCUUAAGGAGCUACCAAAAAAAAAAAAAAAAAAACUUGGAAUAGAUACUUUAAGCUAUGAUAGUAGCUAACAUAAUAGACUAGGAUUGUUUUAUUUCUCAUAUUUGAGAGAAGAAUUUAAUAUUUCUUUAUUUUAAGAAUCCAUUAUUUCAUUCUUGUGGUCCUCCCACCAUCAGUACAGAUUGUGACUCUUCAUAUUGCAAAACCAACCCAAAGAGUUCUUUUACUUAGGCUUCAGUUCAUCCUGAAAACCAAUAGAGCAACUGAUCCACUAGCUCUUGUAGUUGCUGUGGCCAAAAACAUCCCUGAACUAAUGGCCAACCCUGGUGCUGAGCCUCUCUACCUUUAGCUAGGCUGGUCCUGUGUCUAUUGUUGGGCCUAUAAGAAAAGUCUUUCCAACUUGGAAGGACGUGCCAAAUUUCUAGAUGGCAGAAUCUUCUAAAACCCAGCAUCACCUGCACACCAUGAUGGGGGAGGUUUUAGUGUCAGAAAAGAGGAACUAGACAGUAUUAAAUAAAAUUUCUGAUUAAUAUGCCGAGGACAACAGGUGAUCAACCACAAAAAUCUCUAUAGCAUUUGGUCACCUAAAUUCAAUCCUGUGUAAAUACUCAUAAAAUUAAUUAAGUGCUGCAUGUGGUCUGUAGUUUUAAGCAAAAAGUUCUAGAUGGUUCUUUCCUUUGUUUUAAAGCACUGAAAAAUAUGAAGGUCAGUAACUCAGGUGAAUUUCCAUUUUUCAUAAAAUUAUUUACCUGUAGUGUACUUGUUAUUACUACAUACAUGAUGUGUCAAAUUACUAUCUUUAAAUAUGAAGUACUCCGAGUUUUGCAAUAUAACAUAGAUAAUAUUUCUGGUCCUAUUUCUAAAAUAAAGAAUUUUGAAGAUUUGUUGAAAUUCACCUCAGUUACUUACUUCAUGUAAGUUACUAAAGAAAACAGGCACUUUUAUAAAUGAAAGCAUGUAUCUAAUUAGACCUUUCAGGAGAAAAAUGUUCUUUUGGUAAUUUCUGAGCAUACAAUUUAGCUUGAAAAGAAAUUAAAGAAACUGUAAGGGGAGUGGGGGUAGUUGAAUGAUGAUUAAAAAUAUUCACAUUAUCUAAUAUAAUACAACUGAAAACUAGACCUAUUACAGAUUAUCAUCUUUGCCUAUCUUGAAUAUUUACCUACCAUGUCCAUUGAUAGUGUAAAAAUUAUGAGAGAGAAAUUUAUUUGAUAAAUAGUACUAUAUCCAUUAACUGAAUUAUUAUUGGAGGAGGAAGCCUGGUACAAUGUAAAGAGUAGUAGAUUUGGGAGAAAGAGAACAUAGGUUCACAUUCUGACCCUACUUACUUACUAUCUUUGUGACCUUGAGCAAGCCAUUUAAUCUUUCUGAGCCUUUGAUUCCUCUUAUAUAAAACAGUGGGGUUAGCUCACAUGACCUCUAAGGGCUCUUCCAGCUUUAAACCUAUGAAUUUAUGAAGGGGGAACAUGAAUAAUCCACAAUAUAAUGUGUAUAUAUGUAUAUGUAUACAUAUAUGUGCUUGUGUGAAUACAUACACACAAACACAUAUAACAAACCUGGACAUGAGACAUUUGAUAAGCUUAGGAAAUAUGAGGCGAGUGAUAGUACAAUUACAUUGAUAUGAAGCUGGUUCAACCAUACCCAAAAAAUUCAACAACCAUAUUCAAAAUGUAAUUAAAGUCCAUUGAAAAAAGAAAGUUCUAGUGUUGUGUCUCAGGGUUCUAGCCUUAGCUUUGGCCUAGUCAAUAUUUGUUUCAGAAAUUUGAAUGAAGACACGGAAUACUUGUUGAUUAUUCAUGUGGCACAAAAUUCAGAGGGAUGGCCAUUAUGAUGGAUGACAGAAUCAAGUCCAAAAGCAUCUCAAAAGCCUGAAUUAAAACCAAGAAGAUUAAACAUAAUAGGAAACAGAAUUCAAUUCUCAAGAUAUGUGGAGGAAAAAAAAGGAAGAUACUAAACACUUGGAAAAAACUCAGACCUUAUUUUUUAAACAACUAAGAAAACAUUCAAUAACUUCCAACCCAAAUGCCUAUUUUCCUUCUACAAAAAUUUCAUGAGAACAAUCCACAUGCUAACUGACAGCAUUGUCGAUGAAGAUUUGAGAAAGAAAGGAUCAGGCUUUCACAAAUGACAUUAUACUACAAAACACCUCUUUACAACCAUGUAAGUGACUGAAAGUUCUAAAGAAUACAAAAUCCCACCAUAAUUAUUAUUUGUUGACUAUAAUACAAAAGUUUUUGUUCGCUGGAGCAGAAUUUAAAGGCUUUCCUCUGACAAGGUAUCUUCCAUAAUCAUAUAAGAUUGCUGGAAAGUUUAACUAUCUGACUGACUAUGAAUAUUACGCAAACAAACAAACAAACAAAAAAAAGGACAUAAUUACCAAAAAGUGUUUGCCACUAUCACAGAGAAUGUCCACUACAGAUUCAAUAGAAGAGAAAUUCCCUAAAGACACUGAAGUCCUCUGGAUGCUUCUUUUUGCAGAUUACAAUAUGCUGACUUCAUCAAACUCCAGAAUUCUUUAGAGAGGUCCAUAAUCAUUCAAAAGAGUUCAUCUUAACUAAGCAAAGAAAAUAAACCAAGUAGAAAAAAAAAUUCCCUUUGUUGAAGCUAUGAUGUGCAAUUGGAUGGAAAGCCUUAUAGAAGUGAUACAAAUAUAUGGACAGAGACAAUGGACAAUGAUUUUAGCCUGAAAUUGAAUGAGAGGAAGAGAGAAAGCAGAAUCACUUUUGGGGAAACACACAAGUACUUUUAGUGGCAUAUAUAAACAUAUACGUUUCUCCCUGAAACAAAGGUCCAUAUUUUUAACUGUAUUCUUCUGGUGAUACUGUUUGAAUCAUGGAAUAUUACAAUCUCCAAAGAAUUAACACUGCAAAUAUUCAACAUGCAAUGAAAAGGCACAUAGUCAGCAUGAAUAGACUGUGUCACAUUAUUGGUGAAGAUUGCACACAUGUAGAAGUGAGAUGUCAUCAGAUAUAUGAACAUAAAAAGAGAAGUGCUCAUCAUGUAGCAAGAGCAAUUAGUAACUAAUGGACUGCCUGCAAGCCUACAUGAAACCAAGAGAUCUACUCCAGCCCUUUGGAGGUACCCUUCUGUGGAAGAUUUAUAGAAGAGCAUGGACAAAAGUUGCACUGGAUAAGAAAGUAUGAAUGGGUUUCAAUCUCCUUUUCGAAAAAAUACCAACAUUAAUGAGAUCAUGUAUCUGUCAAAGUAAAACUAAAUGGAUAAAGACUGAUUAUUCAGUUAGUGAAAUGCAAUUUGAAGACCUGGGGGCUUAAUUUCAGAUUCAGCUUGAGCCAAAAGCAUGAUUUUACUAUUUUAAGAAGCUAUAAGAAUCUUAUACUUUGGUACUUUAAAAAAUCCAUCAUUUCAUUAGUUUUGGCACCUUUCCUGAGUUCAAAAACUUUUUUACAUUUUAAAAGACUGUCUUCAUGAAAUGCUGCAGAUAGAACAAAUUCAUCAUCUAGUGACCAAUCUGAUGUCAAACCUCUCCCAAUUUAAGUAGGUUCAUUCUCAGCUGAAAGACACAGCAUCAUUCCCAAGCCCAUAACAAAAACAUUUCCAGUCUAAUAGGAUGUGCAAGAGUUUAUAUUCUCUUAGCAAAGCCCUUGAGAUUCUAAGAUAACCUUCAUGCCAUACUAAGAUAUUAAAAAAGGACCACAAUAUCAGACAGUAUUUAUUGAAGUUUAUAAGAUAUCCCCAAAGUCUUAGUAUAGUCCUAGACUUUUAACAUCUUAAAGCUACAAGUCUUUGGGGGAAUACCAUGUAUUAUCUAGGUUAAGGGAUAUAAUAGUCUUCUAUUAUCUUGUGCUGCAUCUAGAGGACUGUGUUCAAUUUAGGGCAUCAUAUUUCAAGAGAAAUAUUGACAAGAUGUAUGGCAGUCAGAAUAAAUUAUUUAAAACCUUGUCCUCUGAAGAAUGUUCAAGGGAAUUGAAAGGCAGAGGAAGGAACAAGAAAACUUCAUUCAAAUAUUUAAAGGAUUUUCAUAUGGAAGAAGACACAGGCUUGUCCUAAGUUGGUCCAAAGGGCAGAAAAAAUAACAAAUGGAAUGCAGUACUCAGCUCAAAAUAAGGAAAAAUUUUCUAACAAUAAGAACCUUAAAUGAAAGCAUUGAACUCUCCAUCAUUGGAAACAUUCAGGGAGAGUCUUGUUCUGCCACCUGACAAGGAUGCUGCAAAAUGGAGGCAGUAAAUAGGAAGCAGCAUGAUGUUGUAGAAAAACCACAGACAGUUCUUGCUUUAUACAAAUUUACAUUAUGCAUUUGAAGUCAGAAAACCUGGGCUGAAUCCCAACUUUGCUUACUUGCUGCAUGAAUUUAAGUAAGUUACUUCCAUUCCGAGAUCUGGCCUUAACCUACCUACUGUUAAAUUCCCCUAGUCCAUAAAAUAAACACUCUCAGCCACUCUUUAAUCACCAUCCCCAAAAUGUGCACUGUUUCCCCAUUGUUGAACUUUAAUUCUUAAAGUGCCCCCCCAUAUUCUAAACUCUAUUAAAAUCCAACCCAAUUUUCCUUUAGUUCCAAUGUCAUCUCCUCAAUAAUGCAUGACUUAAUCCAGCCUGCUGAUUCCUGCAUCCUCUAUACCUUUAAAACCCUUAUUUGUACUACUCAUAAGGCACUUACUACAUACUGCCUGACAUUAUAAGUAUCUCUGUUUGUGUCUUAUUUCUCCUACUAUAUUUGAAACUUUUGAGGGCUGGUACCAUUUUUGUAUAACUUUUUAUCCGUCAGUGCACUGUGCACAGCCACCCAUUAAAUAUUUUUUGAAUGAGUGAAUGAACAUGAUCUGAUUCUGUAACUUUUUAUGCUUCUAAGCUAAAGCAAAGAAUUUCAUGAUAGCCUGCUAUAGUCUUAGAAGCCAUAGGAGACUUAUUUCCAGCCUUGAAAUUUCACUGUGACAUUUUAUCAGCACAUUCAUGAAGAAUAGUUUCUUUGGUAGAGAGUUCUAGAUAUAAUAGUGUUUACAUUUCCUUAAAUGAUGCAUCAGAAAGCAUCUUUCCAAGACUUCAAAAGAUAUUAUAGUUAGAGAUAGGAAGAUUUGUCAAGUCAAAUCUUUAAAUAAAUUCAGCCUCUCCAUGUCAGUAGUGGGAGCUUCUUUAUUGUCUUCCUGUCUCCACAGAAUACUCAUACAUGGCUUUCCUAGAGGCUUUCUUAUGAGAAAACCCAGCAAAAUUGUUAGCAGUCUUUAUGAAGACUGAUGUCUCAAGAUAGCUUGGACUCAUAGAAAGAAUAAAAAUGACACCAGAUUUAACAGGAAUUUUCUGUCCUUUUCUUAGCUUUAGUUUUUUCAUCUGUAAGAUGUGGAAGAUGAUACUUUGGGCUACGGGCUUCACAGGACUUUUGUGAGCAAAGUGCUUUGUAAACCUUGAAGUGCCACAGAAAUAACUUAAAAUUGGUUAAUCUACCAGUAUUACAAAUUCUUGGCUUAAUAAGGAUUAUUACUUCCAUUGCUCUAGAUCAAGGUUCCUUUACCUUUCUUGUGCAAGGGACCACUUGGGCAGUCCAUGGUUUUAAAUGCAUAAAAUAAAAUAUAUAAAAUUACAAAGUAAACCAAAGGUUAGUGAAAAUAAAUAUACAGUUUUUCAUAUACAUGUUCACAGACCCCUGAAAUCUAACAUGAGGUCUAGAGAUCCCCAGGUGAGGAACUUUUGAUAUAACAUGGCAGGGUUUACAAAUCCCUUUCAUCAUAUAUAUCCUAUGAAAUAAUAUAAAAUAUUUUCCUCAUUUUCAGAUAAUGAAACUCUCAGAUGACUUACUCAACUUUAAUUAUGAAUCUGAGAUUUGAAUUACAUCUUUUUAAUCCCAACUUCAUUACUAUUUCCAAUCUGGCACGCCCAUCUACCUCACAAUUAUGUUAUAAAGAGCUAAACUCAAUAUCUGACUACUUCCCAGCUAAGUCCACAGGCUAUAUCCACAAUAUUCAAUUAAUAAUUGUUGAAAUGAAUUCACUUUAGGUAUAUCUCCAAGUGGUUUGGAAAAAUCAAAAGCUCUAAAAAAAUUUCUCACAAUAUUAUUACCUUCAAAGAAGGAAGAAAGAAAGGAAGGGGGCAGCUAGGUGGCACAGUGGAUAGAGCACUAGCCCUGGAGUCAGGAGGACCUGAGUUCAAAUCUGACCUCAGACAUUUAACAUGUCCUAGCUGUGUGACCCUGGGCAAGUCACUUAACCCCAACUGCCUCAGCAAAAUUAAAAAAAAAAAAAAGAAAGAAAGAAAGGAAGGAAGGGAAUAGUUGAUUUAAAUGGAGGCAAACUCAAUCAGGUAUUUUUCCUGUCCAGCUGGGUAUUCUUUCCUUGUAUAGGAAGCUAAAAACUACCUGUUGUUUCUCUAAAUCUAUUGAGAUUGAAAUAAUAUUAAUGUCUGGGUUUAGGUUUUUUUUUUUUUUGGUAUUUAUAUAGUUUAUCCUUUCCUACUCUUUUUGGUCACUCUCAGAAUGCAGUUAUUUUGACACUUGAAUAAAGUAUAGAUGCAGCGGAAAUUUAUUUAGCAUUUAAAUGAAUGUAGUUUGGUGGAAAAGGGAUUAAAUUGGAGUCCAAGGUACUAGGUUCCUCUCCAAAUUAACUUCUCCACUUACUGGUUGAAAGCAAAUCAGUUUCCUCAUAUGUGGAAUACAGGUAUAUUCUAUACAGGUAUAUAGAGGAGAUUUGACGAGAUGAAAUUUAAGGUUUCUUCCAGUGUUAAAGGUCCUACAAAUUAACUGAUAGAUGCCAGUAAAUUGGUCACGCUCUAAGACAAAUCGAUCCAAAUUGAAGUUUCCUCCCAUAUUUCAACAUUCCCUACCCUAAUGAAUCCCUAGUAAUAUUUCACAGGAAUGGUUAGUAUUUGGUAUGCACUUGUUCACCUCCUGCAUGCCUAUUUCUUUAAAUGAGGAAGAAAAAACAUACAGUUCUUGCUUUAUACAAAUUUGAAUUUAUGUAAAGAAUUUUGAAAGAAAUCCACAUUAAAAAAAAUAAUAAUACAAUCCUCUGUUAACUUUACUGUAUAGUACUGUGCUUGCUGUCUCUCCUCUCUUACCCCUCAGCUCUGCACUCUUGGAUUCCCAUUCCCCACUCCCCCACCCCGCAAAAACCUCCAAGUGAAAGCGGAAAAAUAAAUUUGCAGAAAGAACACUGCCACUGCUGCCAGCUUGGGAGCUUAGUUUGAGACCUUCUGUGCUAAUCAAGAAUCUCUAUGCCCCAAUCUCAAACUCAAACUCUUUUCUGCCCCCUCUUCUUGUCUGUUUUCCUUCUGUCUGUACUCUAAUUCCAAAUGUUUGUCCCCUUUCCCUUGGUUCUGAUCAGGCCUUCAUAGGAUUUCCCUGGCCCUGCUUAUUUCUCCUCUUGCUCUGGAUUCUCUGUCUCUGGCCUUCACCCUUCCUACCUCCUUUUUUCCUUCCUUUCUCCACUUCCACAGGCAACUUUGUAUUAUAUAAAAAACAUUUUACACAGAGAUCUGUGAAACUAUCCACUUACAUAAAGCAAGAACUGUUUGUAUUUAGUCUUGACUUAGUAAAUUUCAAUAAGGCAUUUAAAUUCUAACUUUAAGUAAUUUUGGGAAACAGGGCUCUGGAUAGGGUCUCAAAUGUGGAAUCUUAGGUUUUAGAAUCCAGGGUCUUGGGACACCAUAUUUUUAGGAAAUAUUUUGACAAACUAGAAUGUGUCCAAAAGAAAGGCAACCAAGUUGGGGAAAAGACUUUAAAUUGUGUUUCAUAAGGUUAGGUGAGAGAAACUGAGAUUAUUUCAUCUAGAAAAGAGCAGACUUAGCAAGGAUAUCAUCACUGUCUUAGAGUGCUUGAAAGAUUACCAUGUGAUUGGACUUGUUCUGUAUAGGGCAAAACUAGAAGCUAUAGCUAUAAGGGAGACCGAUCAUUCUGUUGCUUAGAGUAGUCCAAAAGGACACUGGGUUCCCCAUCACUAUAGUCUUCAAGUGAAAUCCGAAUGACUACCUCAAUUCUGAGGUUCUGUGAAAUAAUCCAGUCAUUUAUUGUUUAGAGUUCUUAGAGAGUGAGGAUAUGAGGGAGAGGAAAAUUAAGGGGGUGCCUAAGUUCCAUAGUUAUAUAUGCUUUUUUGAGGCUAUGAUUAGUAUUUCUGCAUUGUUUUACUUGGAAGAUCUGUAGUAAAGUGUAAUAGACUGUGGUAAGAGAAAUGACCAGAUACCAGAGAACAAACUGAACAUCCUUCUGGGCCUAGGUUUUAACCUCUAGGAUUUGGAUUUUCAGGAUCAUAAUUUGCCUUUACUGCUAGGCCAUCUACCACAUUGCCACAAAUGAGGCUGAUAUUGCAGUUGUAAAGGAUUACUUGAUUUCCCCAGAAAUCAUUUGAACUAGGCAGUUUGGUAUUGAUUUACUGACAAUUUGGUCCAGAUUCCUUUCAGUCCAUGUCACGGACCUCUUAAGUUUCUAAAAGACUAAACAUCCAUCUCAUAGCUAUAAACUACAAAUGCAAAAGUAGACAGUUCUGGCUACUGCAGCAGAUUGGGAGUAUUGCAAUUGUAGAAUUCCAGACAGGCUUCCAGUGGUACCAGGGUCUGGGAGGUUCUAGGGUAAGGGUAUAAAAUUCAAAUAGAAAAGGGGGUGACCAAUCCAUACAUAAGGAUCUCUGUGGGCUACAUAUUGACUUAAUUUUAAAAUGUGAUGGUAUCAGUUUUAUUGUAUUUGUAUUUUUUUUUCCCUACCAGGAAAAAAGCAACUAGCUCAGUCUUCCCACCUUUUAAAGGAGGCAGACAAUCAGAAAAUGCAGGGAGGCUCAUUGCUGAGUAAAUUGGACCUGCUCAAAAACCUGAUUAUAUAUGUUAAAUAUUUUCCAAUUACAUUUUAAUCUGCUUCUCCCUAUAACUGGAGAGCAUUGUGGGCCCCAUAGGGCAUGUGGGUGUGACACCAUCAGGAACAUGUAGGAUCCUAGGCCAGGGAGAUUGAAGUGUCUUGCAUAAAGUCACACCAGUAGUAAAUGGUAGAGGUGAGAGCUGUAGCCAGCCUCUUGACCCCAGAGGCAAUGUUCUUUCCUCAGUAGCAUGCUGCCACUCCCCUGGGCUCUGGUCCUUGUUCUUAACUGAACUUGCUGUAUGAUCUUGAAAAAUCAUUUCCCUUUUCUGAGCCUCAUGUUCUCAUCUGUAAAAUGAAAAGGUUAAGCUAGCUAAUAACCACUUCUCUAUAAUAUUUUACAUACAUUAUCUUUUUCAAUCCUCACAACUCUGUGGGAUAUGUACUACAAAUAUCAAGGCAUUUCCUGUAUCACACAGUUAGGGAAUGAGGCAAAAUUUGAACUCAGGCCUUCCUGGUUUCUGCACCAUGCUGCCUUAGAUGAUCUUUAGCCCAUUCCUACUUUAAAUUCAAUGAGUAUAUAAAUUCUACAACCCUUCCUAAAGUCUCUUUAAACUCCCAAGAUUAAGGUUUGACCUUAGCUCUAGCUGAGUGGGUGUAAAGACAUCUGUUAGAUUAGUUUGUAUGUUACCUCCUAGAGCAAAAUAAACUUUUUCUUUAAACAGACAUUCCUCUGUCACCAGAAUGGAUGUAGGUGGUUCCUUCCCUAGUAUAGAAUUACUUAGAAAAGCAGGCCACAGAUAGCCAAUUUCACUGUCCACUAAGAAAAGAAGGGGGCUAGAAGUGAAAGUAAAUACAAAUUCCUCGUAGAUAUUUACAAUAGAAUUUUGUGUGUUUAUUCGUCUUUCCUGAUCCUGCAGAAAUUACUGUGAAAGUUUAAGCUGCUCCUGUUUGACAUUCUAUGACCUGUCACUGUCCUUGAGCAUCCUUUAAAGAUAUUCUUCUUUGAUAAAUGAACUCCCUUAAAUGAAGCACCCAUUGCACUUUUCUU